AUGCUCUUCGCAACCGCCAAAGGCGCCGUCCUCUCCGCCCUCGCUGCCCAGGCCAGUGCAAAGACAAUCAAGAUUGCUGUUGGCAAAGAUGGGUUGACGUUUACACCUGAUUCAGUGACAGCUUCCCAGGGGGACGUCUUGGAGUAUCACUUCUACAAACAGCAUAGCGUCGCUAUGGGUGACUUUUCCAAUGGAUGCGCGCCAGCUCCCCAAGGAGGUUUCUUUUCUGGGGUGGUCAAGACCGCGGGUGAUGGAGCAAACAAACAGGUUUUCCAGGUCACAGUGAACAACACGGAUCCAAUGGCCGUCUACUGCACCGUCGGUAGACACUGUCAGAACGGCAUGGUCCACGUCGUCAAUCCAUCAUCCACCAAUUCGCUUGACACGUACAAGUCCGUCUCGAAUAGCGCUGGCGCAAACGUGGCGCCUCCGACCAUGUUUGGCGGCAAAAUGGUCGAGAGUGCUGGAGCUUCAGGCACAGCUUCCAGUGCCCAGUCGAAGACAACAGGAGCUGCUUCGCAUAUGCAAGCUUCUCUUAGAGGCAUCAGCGCUGCUGCUCUCGGAUUCGCCGUCUUGCUGCUGUAA